AAAAUUUUCACUAUAUUUAAAUAGAAUAGUUAAAUUCGAAAUAAAAUGAUAAAAGCCAUAUUAGUAUUUAAUAAUCAUGGGAAACCAAGGCUGUCGAAAUUUUAUCAAUAUUUUACAGAAGAUAUGCAACAACAGAUAAUAAAAGAGACAUUUCAAUUAGUUUCAAAAAGAGAUGAUAAUGUUUGCAAUUUUUUGGAAGGUGGAAGUUUAAUUGGUGGUUCGGAUUAUAAAUUAAUAUAUCGACAUUAUGCAACAUUAUAUUUUGUAUUUUGUGUUGAUUCAUCAGAGAGUGAACUUGGUAUAUUAGACUUGAUACAAGUAUUUGUUGAGACAUUAGAUAAAUGUUUUGAAAAUGUUUGUGAAUUAGACUUAAUAUUUCAUGUCGAUAAAGUACAUUUUAUAUUGAAUGAACUUGUUAUGGGUGGUAUGGUUUUAGAAACAAAUAUGACUGAAAUAUUAACACGAAUAGAAGAACAAAAUAAACUUGAGAAACAAGAGGCUGGUAUUACGGCAGCACCGGCACGUGCAGUAUCAGCAGUGAAAAAUAUGAAUAUUCCACAACAAAUUAAAGAUAUGAAAUUGCCCGAUUUACCACAAGCCAUAAAGGAUCUAAAAUUUUAGCAUAUAUCAUCACGUCAAUCAUAUGAUUAUAUUGAAUCUACAGAUGAAAAAGAUGGACAAAAGCCACUUCAAUCAUCCACAUACAUUACGAAACAACGUUAUUUAUAAGAUCAAAAUCAUUUUUUCGAUUUUUUCAUAAAAAAAAUGAUUAAUUUUCAUUAUUUCAAUUUUUCCGAACUGAUUUUGUUACUUUUAACUUAGGACGAAUAUUAGUUUGCCAUGCCCGACUUGUUAAAAAGAUAAGAAAAAUAGAUGACAUUCUCUUACAAACACGAUCGACGGUUUAUCGGAUUCGGUAAACUAAAAAUUUUGGAAAUUUCUUUAAAAAUAAAAUAAAAGCUGUCAAGUAACUUUUCAUAUAAGCUUCCAAAUAUGCACUCUUAUACCUUUUUGCAGCUUAUCUUGUGAAAUAUUCACUUGAGUCUCAAAGGUCUUUUGUUUUCACUUUUUAAGAUCUAUUCAAUCGUACACAGGUUUGCGAAAAUAAAAGUUGAAAAAUAUUGUGAAAUGAUAAAUAUUUUUAGUCAGUAGGCCUAUGCCUAAAAAACUUACUGAUUACAUCACCGUUGAGAUUUUAUAUGUGUGUUUUUUAUAUUUUGUUGGACAGUUUCUUGCUUAAGAAAAUUCUCGAUAGCGGGACGUUCUUUUUCGCGUGGCUGUUAAAAUUUUUGAUUGGGACUCCGAAUUUCAAAUUAUGUAAGAAGUUGUCCAACAAGACAUAAUGCACAAGGAGGAGGGUCAUUAUUAGAGAUUUGGGAGCUUAAAUUAAAACAAUUUAUAAGAGACUGUUAUGUUUUUCUUUUUCUCUGUAACAUGCUAGAUUAUUCUUACUGACACUUCAUCUGCCUGUCUCUCGUAUCUCGUGAACUUCUUAUUGCAUUUUUGUAAGUAUGAUUUCGUUUGACGCGUUAUAACAACUCAUAGAUGUCCGGUUAUAUAAUGGCACAUGGAAUGCAAUAUGACGAUAAGAAUUUGACGUAGCCAUCUCACAUGGACAUUUCCUGCACCUCUUCCUAACCAUAACAUUAUGAGUACAUUCCAAAAGUAUAGUACAAUUUUAUUCAUAAAAAGGAGAAAUAUCCAAUAGAUUUUACUCUAUUAUUGAAAAUAAAGUAUUGUAUUCGAGUACUGUUGGCUUUUUGGCCCGAAGAAUGGGGAAAAUGUCAGAUAAAUUUUUAACAUCACAUAGAAAAAUUAAUUAUAUGCUUUGGUCAAAAUAUAAACAAUUAAAAGGAAAAGGCAGUUGAUAGUUAAGACAAUCAUGUUUUUUUGACCAAAAGGGGAUAAAUUAGACAAUUUCAUCUAUAUUUUUAGCCUACCUAAACUCUUAGUUAUGAAACAGAAAUGAUGCACUUUUAUUGUCGCUGUCGAGGAAACAUUUAGUUCAUGUGUGGUGAAUAUCGAUAAAAAAUGUUACCUUUCUUUUUGAAUGACUUGCGUUUAUGGUUCAGUAUUCGAUG